CAGCAUUCUACUCUUUGAUUGUGGCUGAUUCCAAGAGAAGAAGCAGACAAAGGCGACCGUGUUCCCUUCGUAUACCUCUUCCUCCUCCUCCGACGACGACUCCUGCAUGAGUGCCAUCGACAAGGAGGAUGACAAGCGCCCCUCGGACGACGACACAACGACGUCGACGUCCCCCGAUGUAGCGGCGAUCGAGGACGUGCUCCAGCUGCGCAUCACGACGACACACGCCGGACCGAACGGCCCUUUGUCGACAAGCUCGACGUCGGCCAUGUCGCAGCCCACAUCGGCAAGCUCGUCGCCUGACAGCACGGCGUCCACCGCCCACGCCGCCGACUUCGACACGACGCCGCCCGCGCCGCUCCCGACCGUGGGCUCUCUCAAGCGCACGAACAGCGCACAGGAAGCACCCACGUCGUCGGGACUUACGCCGCCGACGCUCAACCGAUCCAAGACCACGAUCGAUGGGCCGCAGACGUCGCCGCAGACGUCGCCGGCACUACAGCCGUCGACGUCGGCCACGACACCAACGUCCGCGUCGUACUCGAGCUCGACGCUCCAGAACCAAGUCGAGAUUUCGUCCGUGGCGCUGCCGCCAGAUGCGAUCAAGGAGGUCGAGGAAGACAAGCACUCGCACACGGUCUUCUCGCUCGAGGUGCGUCUCUCGAGCGGCCUUCGCUGGAUCAUUGAGAAGCGGUACUCGGACUUUCGCGAGUUUCACGAGCGCAUGAAGAAGGCGAAUCCAGCCGUGCGCACCCUCGCGUUCCCCAAGCGGCAGAUCUUCCGCAGCAAGAGCUCGGCCGUGAUCGAGCAGCGCCGAAGCGACCUGGAGAAGUACCUCAAGGACAUCCUCGGCGUGACGCCGCUCAUGAAGGUGCCCAUCUACAACUUUCUCUCGGAAAUCGACCUCCAGCGCAUGAAGAACCUCCUCCCGUCCGACGAACUCGAGGACAUCCAAGCGGCGUUUACUCGUCUCUGCUCGAGCAAGCACUUUGCGUCGUCGUCCGACGAGAGCAGCGACAAGCCGACCGAGCCUCCGUCGCCCGCGCCGACGUCGGCGCCGUCGCUACUGGUGACAGGCCCGCUCUCGACGCAAGGCUCGAUGCUGCAGCUGCUCGAGCCGAAAGAGAACGUCUCGAUCAACAAGACGGCGUUCCGGCGCGACGUGCUCAGCGUCUUUCCUGACAUGCCCUCCACGUUUGCGAUGCGUCUGCUCAAGGGCAUCUCGGACAAGCAGCACAGCGACAUUUGCAUGGACGAGUUUGUGCGCGCGAUUGCGAUCCUUCGCCACGGGUCGGUCGAGGACCAGCUCGCCUUUGCGUACCAGAUGUGCGACCACGACCACAUGGGGAAGCUCCAGAGCACGGGUCUUGGCAACCUCUUGAUCUGCGUGUACGGCCGGACGCUGGCCGACAAGCCCGAGUACAAGCGUCUUUUGAACGACGUGUUUGACUAUGGCCGCGUGCGUCUCGGCUUGCCCGAGUUUGUAUCUGAAAUCCAAAAGCAGCCGCUCGCCACGCUCUUGAUCGAGUGGAUGCCACGCUUCAUGGACGUGCUCUGCGAGUCGGCCGACCCCAAGCUGCUCGAGCUCCAAGAAGAGUACAACCCCGUCGUGCAGCAAAAGAUCCUCGAGGCCGAGACGCUCUUCAGCAGCAAGGAAAUCGGCUUGUUGCAAGAAGCGUUCCAUGCGUACCGGUCGUCGUCGCCGGACGAGACCAUCGAUGUCGAAGCGCUGGCGACGGAUUUCCCGCUCGACAUGUCGGACGCGCGCCUCCUCACGCUGUUCGCGUCGUUUGGGCCGCGCGCCAACGGCGUCGACGUGGACGUCUUCUCGUUCGUCCACGCGCUCUCGAUCGCUUGCCGCGGGUCGGCCGACGCCAAGAUGCACUUUGGCUUUACCGUCUUUGCGUCCGAGUCGACGCUCAACCACGAAGACCUCUUUGCGAUGCUGCAGCUCGAAGUCCUCCAGCACACGUCCAUGGCGAGUACGAUCGAGCAUUACAUGCAGACCGAGGCGACCGAGAGUGCCCGGCGCGACGUGCUCUCAAGUGCGCAGCUCGGGCAGUACGUCGACCACAUCCUCGAGGCCUUUGGCGCCAAUGGCGAGCUGACGCGGGACCAGUUUUGUGCGUGGUCGACCGCGGUGCAGUUUCGCAUCGCGGCUCUCGACCGCAUCAAGCAAACCGUGUUUGUCCAGCUGGGUGUGAUCCCGAUGCACAAGCAAGAGGAAAUUGAGGUCGCCAAGCUCUGCUACCGCGAGUACAAUCCCGCCGAGCUCGUUGAAGACGAUCACUGGUACAUUCUCGAGCAGAGCUGGUACGACCACUGGCGCAAGUACGUCGGGUUUGUGCCCAUGGCGGCGCUGCGUGGCAACCCGGCGGCGCCCAAGAGCAGCGCCGUUGUCGUCGCGUCGAGUCUGGCGAAACCCGCGAGCGCGCUGGGGUCGCCCGCCAGCAACAAGACCGGUCUUCUCGCCAAGCACGCGGUCAAGACGCCGCCGCCGGUCUCGGCGCCAAAGGACGAGACGCCGAGCUCGAUUCUGGACUCGGACAAGAACACGCUCAUUGGGAAGCACUUUGUCGUUGUGCACGAGCAGCUCUGGCUCGGCCUCAAGCAGUGGUACGGCGGCGGCCCCGAGAUCAAGAAGACGGUCAUCGUGCUCUCGAAUGGCCAGACAACGCUCAACCUCUGGAACUCGGAGGACGAGAAGGAUGAGACCAAGCUUGACGAACACGCGCUCGCGCUUGCGACGACGCAGCCGCUGAGUGCGACGAGCCUCACGAAGCGUGUGCGGGCCGGCGCCUCGGUGGGUCUCGUCAACCUCGGCAACACGUGCUACAUGAACUCGGCGCUGCAGUGCAUUGGCAACACGCCGCUGCUCAUUGACUACUUUCUCUCGGGCAUGUACAUCCACGACAUCAACCGCACGUCGACGUUGGGCAUGCAAGGCAAGCUCGCCGAAGUGUACGGCAAGCUCGCCGAAGACAUGUGGAGUGCCAAGUACAAGUCGAUCUCGCCGCGCGAAUUCAAAAAGACGAUUGGCAAGUUUAACGAAGCCUUCCGCGGCAGCGACCAGCAAGACGCGCAGGAGCUCAUUGCGUUCCUUCUCUCGGGCCUCAGCGAAGACCUCAACCGGAUUCUGGACAAGCCGUACAUUGAGCACCCGGACAGCGACGGCCGCUUCGACUCGGACCUCGCGGACGAGUGGUGGCGCAACUCGCUCAAGCGCGAGGUCUCGAUCAUCGUCGCGCUCUUCACGGGCCAGUACAAGUCGCUCCUCACGUGCUCGCAGUGCGGCUACAAGUCGGCGCGCUUUGAGCCGUUCACGUUCCUCCAGCUGCCGCUGCCGGAACCAACACACAACAACGUGACGAUUCGGCUCGCGUUCGCGGCCGCCCGCAUGCCGCUCAAGCUCUCGCUGCGCCUUCCGAUUGACGCAACCGUCUUUGACCUGAAGAAGCAGCUCGCGGAUCUCUGCGUCACCGAGUUUGAUUUGCCGACGACGACGAUCGCCGACAUCAAGAUCUGCGAGUUCCAGGGCUCGCUCAUCUUGGGCUUCAAGGCCGACACGCGCAAGCUCGCCCAGAUCCGGAGCAUCGACCGGCUGCUUGCCUUCCAGCUCGAGCCGCUCGCGCCGCGCGUGAUGGACAUGACGCGGUCUCGUCGGCCAUCGAUUUUGGCAGAAAUGCCGUCGGGGCAGCCGACGUCGUCGACGACCGACGGCCCCGUGUACGUGACCGAGGGCUCGCUCAUCGAGGUGCAGCACAAGGGCGAGUACCUACCGGCGACGAUUCUCAGCAUUGACACGCCCGAGUUUGUGCGCGUGCAGUACCGGUCGGGUGAGAUCGAGGCCGACGUGCCGCACUCGCGUCUGCGCCAGCGGCCACCGCGUCUCCUCUACUGCCCUGUCGUCUCGCGCAAGCUCGGGUACUCGCCUGUGUACUUUAAGAACCCGUUCCGGCCCGUGCCGUUCGGGACGCCCGACCUCGUGCGUCUCUGCCCCGAGGUGACCACCGGCAUUGCUUUGUACACGAUGGUGUGGCAGCGCGUGCAGCGGUACCUCAAGAAGGAUCUGUCGCCGCCGCAAGAAGUGGCCGCCACGACCAACGAGAUUGUGGUGUGCGACUCGAUUGACGCGGUCUUUUGCCACAAGGACGUCCCACACGGGUUUGUGCUCCGGCGCGUCGACGCCAAGGGUCUCACCGACACGCGCACGCCGUGGCUCGCUCGCAGCUUUGGGUCGACGAUCCCGUGCACGGACCAGAUGGUGGACCUCCUCGAGGACGAGACGAUUGCGAUCGAUUGGGACGUCCAAGUGCUCCAGGACCAUGUCGAUAUGGACCUCAUGAAGGGCGUCGACAUGCAUGCGAGCGUCGCCAAGAACAACGCGCUGGACAACGGGCCUGUGCCGCUGAGCCACUGCCUCGAUGCGUUCACGUCCGAAGAGAAGAUCCAAGAGGGCUACUGUUCAAGCUGUCGACAGCACCAAGAGAUGACCAAGAAGCUCGAAAUCUGGCGGCUCCCGCCCGUCAUGGUGAUCCAACUGAAGCGAUUUCAGUACACGCAGACGUAUCGGCGCAAGCUCGCGUCGCUGGUCCAGUUUCCAGUCCACGGCCUCGACCUCUCGUCGUGCGUGGCGCCGUUUGAAGAGUUUCCGGCGCGGUACCCCGAGAAGCUUCCGUCUGGCGACGCGUCGGCGACCGCCGCCGAUCCUGCCGACGCCAGCAGUGACGCGACCGACGUGGCGCAAAACAGAAUACGCCGGGGGUACACCAACACGAACCUCGAGCAGUCGCGCUGCCUCGAGACGCACUACGACAUGUACGGUGUCGUGAACCACCAAGGCGCGCUCGGCGGCGGCCACUACACGGCGUACGCCAAGAACUCGGUCGACGGCAACUGGUACUCGUACGACGACGACCGCGUCCGGCUCAUUGAAGAGAGCAAAGUGGUCACGUCGUCGGCCUACUUGUGCUUUUACGUGCGGAAAGAUAUGGACGACCUCAGCGUCGACACGAUCUUCCCGCCCAAGAAGGACGGCAAAAUCACCGAAGAAGACAUCAACCGGUUUGUCGAAGAGAGCGACAAGGGCAAGUGCGCCAUCAUGUAA